CUUAUGUACCCCAGAGUCUCCACCAAUCCAUUGCCAUGGCAUUUUGUAUCAAACUCCAUAGAAUUGCUCAUCUUCUUCUUCUUCUUCUCCUCCUCCUCUUGCUCUCAUUCACUUCUCUAACUCUGGGGGCAGAUAUGCCAUCUGAAACUCGGCCUCAAUGUGCGAAACUCCAUGGAGGAUGCCAUGACAAAACGCAGGCUUUGAAGUUGAAGCUCAUUGCCAUUGGUUCCAUACUAUUAACCAGCAUGAUCGGAGUCUGUCUGCCGAUAUUUUCUCGUUCGGUUCCCGCUCUUCAACCCGAUAAGGAUUUGUUCGUGUUGGUUAAAGCAUUCGCUUCCGGUGUGAUUCUAGCAACCGGGUACAUGCAUGUGUUGCCGGAUUCUUUUGAUUGUUUGAGAUCGGAUUGUCUUCCUGAAUAUCCUUGGAAGAAGUUCCCCUUCACCACGUUCGCCGCCAUGCUAUCGGCCGUGGCGACUCUAAUGUUGGAUUCGUUUUCGAUGAGUUUUUAUAAGAGACGUUUUCCUGCUGCCGAUAAUAGUAAUCAUGUUGAAAUUAGCGUAGAAUUGGAGAGUGUUGGACAUGGUGAUAAGAACAUUGAGAAGGAGGUCGAUGAAAAAGGUUUCGUACAAUUGCUAAGGCAUCGUGUGGUGGCUCAGGUUUUAGAGGUAGGAAUAGUAGUGCACUCGGUAGUAAUCGGAUUGUCAAUGGGGGCGUCUGACAAUCCAUGCACAAUCCGGCCACUGAUAGCUGCUCUGUGUUUCCAUCAAAUGUUUGAAGGUAUGGGUUUAGGAGGUUGCAUACUAAUGGCAGAAUAUGGAAGCAAGAUGAAAGCAACAAUGGUGUUUUUCUUCUCAACCACAACUCCAUUUGGGAUUGCCUUGGGAAUUGGAUUGUCAGAUGUGUAUAGAGAAAAUAGCCCAACAGCUCUUAUUGUGGUGGGUCUACUAAAUGCUAUAUCAGCUGGGCUACUGAAUUAUAUGGCAUUGGUGGAUCUGUUAGCUUCUGAUUUUAUGGGUCCUAAACUUCAAUCAAAUGUAAAGCUCCAAAUGUUGGCAUAUUUUGCGGUUCUUUUGGGUGCCGGAGGUAUGUCAUUGAUGGCAAAAUGGGCCUAACAUAUGCAAUAUUUGAUGUUAUACUUGUUGUCACGCACAAUUGGACCAAGACCUUUCCACUUCACUUCUCUGCUUCAGCUGCCCCUUAAGCUCUAUAUUCCAUGUAGCCAACCUGCCAAAAGAGCCCUCUCCGCUUUCCCUUCUUCAGCACAUGUAUACCU